AUGUGGUCUUACACUACAAUGCCGGCAUUAGCAAUCGUGCUGUCAGCACUUUCUCUCCUCCCCUGCACAUCAGCCACAGUUCCUCUUGAGGGCUAUGGAAGGGACUCUUACCCGGUACCAUGUGCCCAAGCGUGUUCAUACGCAAUGCCUAGCACUCUCGACUGUCCAGAGUAUGCAGGCAUGACGGCAGAGGAGAAGGCAGAGGCAUAUCCAUCGGCAGAAUGCUUUUCAAACGAUCCUUCCUACUUGACCUCCAUGGCGUACUGCAUCCACUCUUAUUGCCCCAAAGAUGUGAAGAUCUACAAGGUUGAGAACUUUUGGGAGACCUUGAUGAUUUAUGAGUCAAAGUCAAUUCGAUGGUCGUACCCUGAGGCUUUGGCUCAGGUCAACACUACAAGUGUACCAAAGCCAAUGUCGCCUGAAGAGACAGUUUUUAAUAGGACCAUCUCUAUCGACGCAGCUACCUUUCAGAGUUAUAUGAAUGGUGUCAGAGGAUACAAAGCUGUGGCCAAGAAUGAGUCCAUGUACUCUAUCCUGGCCUUUAUGACAUGUGUCAUGGUCCCGAUUGGCUUCUCCCUCCUCCGCUUCCUUCCCCUGCCAACAUCCUUCAGAAGCAAGGUGUACGGCUAUCUUAUCGACCCUCCGGCUUGGGGUAAGCAGCACAGCGUGGCCACGCUUGGAAUCGGCAUGGUGCCAACUCGAGGUCAGGCUCUCUUCAUUAUCUACCUCAUCGGCAUCAAUUGUCUGGCCACGUUUGAAGGAUACCCCAACUACACACCGAACGGUAUCUUUCCUGAUCGUCACUAUGAACUGAUGCGUCAUAUCGGAAACCGUGCUGGUUCCAUUGCAUUUGCCAACAUCCCCAUUGUCAUCCUCUACGCUGGGCGUAGCAGCGUGCUUCUGCGAUUGACUAACUGGUCCUACUCAACCUUUCUUCUCCUCCAUCGAUGGACUGCCACAAUAUGUGUCAUCCAAGUCGCUCUUCACUCACUUCUCUGGCUUCGCAUCAUGAUCGAGCAACACUCAUAUCCCCUCGUUCUGACAUACCCUUACUGGUACGUUGGUGUUGUUGGAACCGUCUUGUUCUCUGCCUUGAUUCCUUUCUCUAUGCUCCCUAUCCGAAAGAUCUUGUAUGAGGUCUUCCUCAUCACGCACAUCCUCUUGACUGUCGGUGCUCUGGUCGCUUCUUGGUAUCAUAUUGCUUUCCUCUACCAGGACACAAGCGGUUUCGAGAUCUGGCUCAUAAUCGCUUUUGCUUUCUGGGGCCUUGAGAGAGUCCUUCGCAUUCUACGCAUCUCCAGAUAUGGUAUCAAGAAGGCAUAUGUCACUCGCAUUGACGAUAAGUAUCUGCGAGUUGACAUCCCCGGUGUCGAUGCCCAUGGUCAUUGUUUUGCUUAUUUCCCUACACUGUCUUGGCGCGUAUGGGAGAACCACCCUUUCUCAAUUGUCAACUGCAGCAAAGGUCAGCUUGACGGAGAGUCCAUAAUGUCAAGCUCCGCUUCGCAUACUCAGUCUGAGAAUGAGGCCGCUGUCUCACCGACUGAGGCAUCAACUUCCAAGGAGAUGGCAGGCGCCGUGUCCAACAUCCGCCAGCUUGGAGUCCACAGAAACACCACUAAGCCUGGUAUCACACUAUUCGUCCAGAACCUCCGUGGCAUGACCGCCAAGCUCGCAAAGAAAGCAGACACUGGCAUCGCCAUCCCCGUUCUUAUCGAGUCCUCUUAUGGCCACGAAGACACCAGCCGCUUCGAGCCCAAUACCGAAUACCCGAAUACCCUUGUCAUCUCCGGUGGUGUUGGUAUCGCAGGCGUCCUGUCAUCUCUCCAAGCCUCCCUGUCGAUGUACGCCAAGCCCCUGGGAACCACUAAGCUCUACUGGGGAAUCAAAAGCAAGGGCCUUGUCGAUGUGGUCAAGAGUAUGAUUGUAGGUGGGGAUGCCGCUGAGGAAAAAGAAGUUGGUGAAUCCUCCAGCUGGGGCCAUAUCGAGACCCACGUCUCGAUCGGUGAGCGCAUGGACAUAAAGAGAGUUUUGACGACGGAAUUGGAGAACGCUAUUGGUGGAACUACGGUUGUUAUUUGUGGUCCACAUGCGAUGUGUGAUGAAGCUCGGUAUGUCUGCGCUGCAUUGGCGAGACAUGGUGUUGUUGUUCGCUAUGUUGAAGAAUCCUUCACUUGGUAG